AUGGCAGAGAAACCACUUUGGUAUCGUUGGGCAAGAGUUUAUUUUGCAGGUGGGUGUUUAGUUGGGUUAGGUGUGGUGCUAUACAAAACGAUCCGCCCAACAGACGAGGAACUUAUAUCGCGAUUUUCCCCAGAAAUUCGUGCGGAAUAUGAACGUAAUAAAGAAUUGAGGCAAAAAGAGCAACAGCGGUUGAUGGAAAUUGUCAAGAAAACUUCAGCAUCGACUGACCCCAUAUGGAAAACUGGACCCAUCGGCUCACCAUUAGAAAAAGACCAGCGAAACUUAAGCAUGCAAUUAGUGGAUCAAGAAUUGUUCCAUAAAACUAAAGAAGAGGAGAAACAGAAAGCCGAAAUUAACAAGAGUGUUGAAGAAAGCAAAGAAGUAGAAAGGUUGUUACGGGAAAACAAGAAUCAAAAGAGCUGGUGGAAGUUUUGGUAG